AGUGGAGAAUAAAGUUGCGCAGAAGAAGGGGAAGGAGAACCUCUCUUUAAUCCUUCACUGUCUCGGAGGCGUGACGCGAUGAUGAAGGAAAGGGUUUGGGUCCGGUACUCUGGCACAGUGCAACGCUUUGCUCUUGCUCCAGGAAGGAAGCUGGAUGUGCAGAAGAUUGCUAGUUUCUGGAAGCUGGAUGUUUCGACUCUGUGUGUUGGUACAGAUGUUCUUCAGGUGGACGGAGAAGGCAAGGGUCUGGAUGAUAUUGAGGAGGUCCGAGAGUGGGGUUUUGGUGAUGGAAAGUCCGAAGCAACGGCUCUUGAAGCUCGAGGCUGUCCAGUUGUUGCUGAUAAUGGAUUAUCUUAUGGUGGCUCACAGUAUCAAGCCUUUGCAAACGAAGUCUUUGAAAUGGUAAAGUCGAUGCCCGCGGACGAGAACAUAUUCAAGCCCCGUAAUGUCAUCCACUUUCCCGGUAGAAUUCCAUUUCUUGCGGACAGCAUGGAAUACAAAUCUCUCUGGGUGCACGAGGCCUAUCAUGACAUCGCAGCGGAAAUAAAGAACUUAACUGGAAAGGUGAAAAACAUCCACCUUGUAGGGACGCCAGGCAUUGGAAAGAGUGUUUUUGGGAUACUGUGGCUCGUCUCUCUAGCUCUGGAGAAGAAGGCCGUGGUAUAUCGAUGCAAAGACUGCCAGACAUGGAUUCUGUACAACUUUUCGGGAACUUGUCCGAGCACCAGAGUGUUUAGAAGCUACACCGAGGCUGGACAGUUCGUGAACUCGACCGUAUGGCUCAUUCUGGAUGGUCCUUCCAAGCCCGUCCUGCAUCCAGGUCCUUUGCUCCAGUGCGUGGCACUCGAUCGAGAAGAUGGUCCUUUCGAUUUUUCGAGCUGGUCAGGAGGAAAGGUUAUCUAUAUGGAAGACUGGAGCUUGGAACAGUGCGAGCUUUGCCUCGAGGAUCUCGGGCUAGACGUUGUCGACUUGGAACUCCGCUUCUUCUACGUUGGUGGCGUUCCCCGCUGCCUUUACAACUCGGGUUCUUAUACUUUGGGGGACUUGAAGAGCUCGGUCGACAACGCGGCCGUGCUGGUUAACUGGAAAUCGUUUCCCGAGAGCUGCUCAAACAGGCGAGAUAUGGAAAAGCUAGUACGGAACAGGUACUCGAGAAAGACUUCGGAUUCUUUCGAGGAAAACAGCUCAACAACUACAAAGUUGUACGUCCCUGCCUCGACGUACGCCAAAGACGUCAUACUAGCAGGUCUCGUGGAAACCAGUUUGACGGAACGAAUCAAGCUCAUCAACACUCCAGUGUCGGCUUUGGCUGGUUUACGAGAAGUCCCAUUCGAAAGAAUAGUGCACGAGGAACUAGGCCGGGGUGGUGCGUUCGUCAUGCGGAGCUUAGACGACGGGAAGAAAGAAUUCCGGAAAACGAUACGACCACAGCGAGCCGUUUGCCAGUACUUUGACAAGAGCUCGGGACAGACUUAUUUAUAUGCUGAGCUCUUCACGAGUCGUGGUCAGUUGCAUCACAAGGAUAAACUUCCUCUACAUUUUCUGGGAUGGGAGCACUACGUGAAGCCUGUGAUGAAGCCAGAGGGGACCGUUGAUUCCUUUUUGACGCCUGGGAGGACUGUCACUGGACUGAUUUUUCGAGUGGCAGUGACGCUGGAGAGCCCGAUCAAGUGGAAGUACGUUGGCAAAAUAAUCGAGUUUUUGGACGAUUGGUGUGAGAAGCAAGGCCGAGCUCCACCGCCGAAAUAUUGGUUCGUGCUGGUGGUACCAGAGAGAUUCUUCCCUCUGUUUACCAAGCAAGUGGCCGUGGAGGAGAUAUUUGCUCAGCGAUUGGAGCAGUUUGUUCUCUCGGUGAAGAUAUAAUCUUCCGACUUAGAAGGAGAAAGGAGGAAAAGAAAACAUAAAAAAGACAGAAACUUUGGAUCCUGCUCUGCUGCUGCUGCCAACGAACUUGGGUCUUCUCCGAGGCAAAUUGCUAGAGCUGUACGUGAACGUCUAAAUGCAAACACAUGACUUCAAGGGCUUUGGCAGCGGCAGGAUAUCUCAGACCUGUGAGUGAUGCAGCUGGAGCCGUGACGACAAGCAGUUGGCGAUGGAGAUGAUGGAGAUACGAGCUCCAUGGCGGACAAGAAUGCCAGAGCAACCAAGCAAGGAGCAUCACAAACGUACGAACAAUCGCCCGCGCUGGAGAACACUCGAAUGGAUGGAGAGGAGGAUAUCGGUGUCAGGCGGAGUCAAAAAUCGAGACGAGAAGAUAGGCAUGUAAGAAAAGCUGCCGUGCCAAAACAAAGGAGAGAGAUAGCAUCAACCGAUUCAAUGCAAAGCUCCUGUACACCAGGAAUAAUAAGGCGCGGGAAGAACAGGACUCGGAGAGAAAGAGAACCAAAGUCCACUGUUGCUGCUGCUGCUGCUGCUACUGCUACUGCUACUGCUACUGCUGCUUUCACAGUUGUGUUACAGGCAGGAUUGACAGCAAACCACAAAGGACUUGGAUACACCUCCAAACAAGAAACAACGCUGCUGCUGGCUGGAGUGCUAGAGCUGUUCUUGAGUCUCUUUCUUGGCUUCCUUUCUUUAUUAACUCUUUUGCUCAUCUCUUUUUUCUCUAUUUUUUCUUUUCUCUUUCUCUUUUUCUUGCAGGAAUGCUCAAAGCAAAUCUAGAAAGCAGGCAGCCAAUGCUAAGACCUUUCCAAACCACCAAAGCAAAGAGAGCUGCCUAUCUAUCUACCUACACUCUUUUUUUUGUGUGUGUCCAUAAGUUGGCCUCCAGCUGCAUUGUGCACACCAAAGCUGACAUCUCUCUUUCAACCAGAAAAAAACAUUAAAUUAUGGCUUAAAAUUUUCUA